AUUAUGUUUGUAUUGUAAUAUACAUGUAUUAGCUCUCGCAAGUCGCAUAGCAACUGUCGAGCCCUUUAAUCCAGUGUGUGCAUACAUGAACACCGGAAGCUAAAACGAAUGUAGAGGUGUUUUAGUUGAAUAAUUAUAGUGUUGUUGGACCAUUUAUACGAUAUGGAGUUAACACAGCGACCUAGGACCACCGACAUGACGUUUUGGUCGAGAUAUGACCCAGUUCGACAGCCAAAAGGAAACACGGAUCACUGGUCAAAGUUCAGACAACGAACUAGUGUUUCAAUGGGACCAAAUGUUAGAGCUCAAGAUUUGAUGAGUCUUGGAGGAGCAGACUUCAUGCAGAUGAAACCAAAAAGAGGUAUUAAUAAAAAUUUCCUCCGAAAUUCUUACAGCGAAAGAGCAAAGGAAGGAUUCAGAUACUGGUUGAUAGAACCACCAAAACCAACAAAUUUUGGAAAGUACGGUAUUGGUUCAUACAAGACAGUUCUGGGAAUAGGAAAUGCACCAAGGACAUAAUCGUUGGAAAUAUCACGUAGUCUUUCGUUCUUCGAGUCACUUUUGGUCAUUUUUAAGACUAGUUUUUACCAUGACGUUCUUUUUUGUCAAUCAUUCAUACCAAAGCAGUAUUAGCAUAUAAUAUGUGUUGUUGAAAUAGACAAAUAGAGUCGUUAUUUUUAUAUUUGUUAUCAAUUCCAUAUUUAUUGUAAAAAAUAAAAAUAAAAAUUG